UUUCAAAAUGGCGGUAAAUUUUGAAGCUCUUUGUAGUCGAAGACAUACAAACCGUAUUUAUGUGAAAAUGUGAGCCUUUUCAUUUAGCUUUUGAAAUGUCAGUGAUAAAUAUUCGUGGUGUGGAAAUUACUUUUCCGUUUAAGCCUUACGAUUGUCAAAUAAAGUACAUGGAAAAGGUCAUUCAGUGUUUGGAAGAGGGUAAGAAUGGCAUUCUCGAAUCUCCAACUGGUACUGGUAAAACACUGUGCUUGCUCUGUGCAACAUUGGCUUGGCGUGACACAUACAAAGCACAUUUGCAACUGAAUACCAAAGUACAACAGAAAAAAGCAAAUGGCAGGUUUUAUGAAAACUUAAAGGAAAACUUAGGUCAAGCCGCUAUUGGUUGGUCAGAUGAUGAUGAUGGAAACCCAGACUACGAAGUGCCAAAAAUCAUAUAUACCUCAAGAACACAUUCUCAGCUUACACAGGCGGUUAAAGAACUCAAAAACACCAUUUAUAAACCUAAAGUUUGUGUCUUGGGAUCUAGAGAACAACUUUGCAUUCAUCCACAAGUUGUACAACAAGAAACCCAUUCUGCUAAGAUGCAGUUGUGUCGUGCUAAAGUUGAAAGCAAGAAAUGUCACUACUAUAAUAAUUUAGAAAAAGAGGAAAGCGAUAGCAAACAAUAUCUUUCAGAUAUAUUGGACAUUGAAGAUUUAGUUAGUCUAGGCAAAAAACAAAGUUGCUGUCCGUAUUAUUUAUCUCGUCAACAGAAGAAAUCUGCUGAUAUAAUAUUUAUGCCAUAUAAUUACUUAAUUGAUAGCAAGGCUAGAAACAUGAACGGUAUCGAAAUAUCCAAGAGCAUUAUUUUAUUUGACGAAGCUCACAAUAUAGAACAAUCAUGUGAGGAAGCGAUGUCUUUCGAUCUAACGUCUUAUGAUAUAGCGAGUUGUAUUGAAGAUCUAGAUAGAUGUCUUGACAUCUUGACUCAGAUGGAAGAGGACGGAACCCUUGCAUUAGUUGACGACGUCGGAAAUUCAAACGAUGUUGGAUUGGAUAAAAAGGAGAUUGCCUUUAUGAAAGGUCUGUUGUUAAUGCUAGAGGAAGAACUCAGUGGAAUAAUUUCCAAGACUGCCGAAGGCAUCACAAAACCUGGCAGUUACAUGUUUGAACUGUUGGAAAAAGUGAAGAUAACUCGUGGCACUCAAAGUCAAGUUGUUGAUCAGAUCGAGAAAAUUUGCACAUUUCUUGUGGCAAAUGGAAAUAACGGUAUGAAGCCAAAACAACUUUUACUCGACAAGUUUUCCAACGCUCUAAAAAUUAUCUUCCAAGGAAGUUCUCCAAGUGACUCGGGUAAAUCCUCCGGUCAUUAUAAGGUUCAUAUUCAAUCUCGAGAGAUUUUAAAUUACCGAAGAAAUCAAAUUGAUGUAUGGUCAACUAGUAAGACAUCCGUUAAAGAUUUGGUGAAACACGAACUAAGAUCGAUGAUUUUAACCAGCGGGACAUUGACACCUUUAAAAUCAUUCAAAGCCGAGCUACAAAUACCAAAGAUGGUGGUCAAGACUGAACAACGUAAACCUAUAUUCGUCGAACCUCAGAACAAAUGUUGGACUAUGGAUGGCUUUUAUGAAAAAGUGAAAAGCACCGAGUUUAAAGGAGCGAUGUUUUUGGCUGUAUGCAGAGGAAAGGUCAGCGAAGGUGUCAAUUUCAGUGACAUCAACGGUCGUGCGGUUGUCAUAACUGGUCUACCAUACCCCCCUGCUUACGAUGCCCGAGUAAAAUUAAAGCAGCAAUUUCUGGAUGAAGUUAAAAACAAAAAAUCAUUUGUGGGUCUGACGGGCAGACAGUGGUAUCAACAGCAGGCGUCACGGGCUGUCAAUCAGGCUGUGGGUCGUGUGUUACGUCAUAAGGAAGAUUUUGGCGCCAUUAUCUUUUGCGAUGAAAGAUUCGCGUUUCCCAUGCACACGGCUGAACUUCCCAAAUGGAUGAAGCCGUAUAUUCGUGGAUUUGAAAACUUCGGAUCAAUUCUUAAAGAGCUGCUGGCAUUUUUCAGACGAGCCGUUGAACUGUGCGAUGAGUCCUCUAUGAAAGUGAAGAAACAGACCAAUGACGUCACUGUAAAUGACGUCGAGACUUUAUCUCAUGUCAAUCCAGCUUCAUUACAAAAGAAAUAUCGUCCCGUUGUUGUCAGCCAUCAUUCAGCAGGAGUUCUUCCGAGAAACAUUCCUCCAGCUCGAUUUCACAAAAAUCGUGCGAAAAUUCAUCUUGACGAAUUACCUGAAACUCCCGUUAAGAUUCAAUAUGAAAUUACAUCGUCAAAUGAUGGGAAGGAAAACACUUCAAAGAAAACGACUUCAAACACUAGCGAGAUGUCGAAUGGAUUUUUUGACUCCUUACAAAAAUACGAGGCGAAGAAAGCAACCGUAGCUGUGAGAAAAACGCUUCCCUCGAGCUCAAAUGUAGAGCUGUAUGCUUCCUCUUCGGAUGUAAAAAAACCGACUGUGAUGAAAAAGAAAUUAAAGUCGUAG